GGAGCCGUGCCGCGCGGUGCCCGCCGGGAUGUCGGCCGCGCUGGACCUGAAGUCGAAGGAGGAGAAGGACGCGGAGCUGGACCGGCGCAUCGCGGCACUGCACAAGAAGAACGAGGCUUUUCUCCGGCGCUACCAGGAGAUCGAGGAGGACCGGAAGCGAGCGGAGCAGGAGGGCAUCGCCGUGACGGCGGCGCGCCGGCCGCGCACCAGCGAGAGCGACGCGGAGCGCCCGCGCGGUGACAAGAAUCUCUCCCUCGUCGUCCAGGUCGCGCUGAGCCCGGGGGAGAAGCGCGUCGUCAGCGACCGGCGCUCACCCACGGACGGGCUGCGCGAGAGGAACCCGGUGCGCAACUUCCUGGACGACCCGCGGCGCAGCGGCCCCUUCCAGGAGGUCGACCGCAAGGAGGGCAGCCGGCGCCACGGGCGCAACUGGGGGGGCUCCGACUUCGACAAGGUCAAGACGGGCAUGGAGCGCGAGAAGGAGUGGCGCGCCCCGGGUCAGCGGCCGGGCCCCAGGGGCCGGGGGGCGCUGGACAUGACGCUGUCCAUGACGGGCCGGGAGCGCGCCGAGUACAUGCGCUGGAAGCAGGAGCGGGAGCAGAUCGACCAGGAGCGGCUGGCGCGGCAUCGCAAGCCCACGGGCCAGUGGCGCCGGGAGUGGGACGCCGAGAAGACGGACACCAUGUUCAAGGAAGGGUCUGCGCCAGCGCCAGGCCCGGAUGGAGGCAGCCGGCAGGACGAGAGCCGGCGCCCGCCCAAGCCGCCCACCUUCGGGGAGUUCCUGUCUGAGCACCGCAGCGAGCGCCGCAGGAAGGGCCGCGGCCGGGGCGGGGGCACCUCCGCCAAGCCCUACAGCAUGCACGACAACCGCUGGGAGGAGAAGGAGACGCUGCCUCCAGCUGAGGAGAGCGACUGCAGCCCAGGGCCGAGGGGAGAGGCCGUGAGCCCGGCUGCCCAGACACCCCCAGAGCCGCCAGCACCUCCAGUCCCUGAGGAAGACGAGGACCAGUGGGAGGACGUCAGUGGCGAGGAAGAGGAGGAAGACGAGGGGGACGAGGAGGAGGAUGAAGACGGGUCUGGGUCAUCGGACGAGGACAAGGCACCUCCUCCAGGCUCCCCCAAGGCGCAGCGGGCCCCGAAGGCCGGGCGGGGGGCGGCCCCCAAGCUGGCCAUGCCCCCGGCAGGGGUCCCGGCUGGGGAAGGCAAGCCCCUCAGCCCAUUCUCCCCAGUCGAGGGCUACCGGCCUGUCUCGGACUGGGGUGAGGAGAUGGAGCUGAACUCGCCGCGCGGCAACCUGGGGCACAGUCCCCUGCAGGGCCUUGGUGCUGGCCCCCAGGCUGAGGGAGUCAGCGUGGCUGGAGUGGCCACAGACCUGAGCCCCCCAGCGCCCAGCGAGUGCCCGGGAGGGCAGGGAGCACCGGAGGCUGCGCGGCAGGAGGCGGCCGAGCCCGUGGGGGACGCGGAGGCGCCGGCAGCCCCUGGCAUGACGGAGGCACCGGAGUCGGUGACCCCCACGGCCACCACAGAGCUUGAGGCACCAGGUGCCGCGGUGACGCCGCCCGCCGCUGAGCCGGCUCCGGGCACGGUGGAGAUCACGGACUUUGCACGGGGCAGCGGAGGGCCCUGACCCGCUCGUCCAGGACCCUGCAGCCUGCUGAGCCUUUCCGAGCAGCGGGGUCUUCGGAUGGACGUGGCCUCACCGUGGAUCUUGCUGUGGUUCAGCCGUUGGCCUUGCUCCGGGGACUCGCUUGUGGGCCUGCAGGGGCAAAGGGGGCAGAGACCCUUCCCGCUGCGGGGGCCUGGCUGUCGGGGCGGGUGGAGCUGCGCCCUUGAGGCUGCCCCUCGCACCCCAGGGGAGCCCAUCUGGCCCCCCAGUGCCCAGGGGAUGUUAACCCUCUGCUGCCUGCACCUGGCUGGCGCAGGGCGCCGGGCUUCCCCGCUGCCCCCCGGGAAGCUUUGUUCUCCCAUCGGACGCUGGUGAGCAGUUUCUUCCUGGGCUGCUUUGUAUCGUGUCAGGACCGACCGUGUCCCCUCUCUUCUGUUUCUUACAAUAAAGCGGGGACAAGCCCUUGGUCCCCACCGUGCUCUC